AACCCAACAAGAUUAUGGUUAUGGUCUUGUGUGAGGUCACUUAUAUGGUCACUCGUGUGAGGUCAUUCUGUGAAGUCGCGUGUGUGAGGUCACUCGUGUGCAGUUACGUGUAUGAGGUCACUCGUGAGAGGUUACUCGUGUGAAGUCACGUGUAUGAGAUCACUCGUGUGGUCACGAGUGAGGUUACUCUUGAGGUCACACGUGUGGUCAGUCGUGCGAGGUCACUUGUAUGAAGUCACAUGUGUGAGGUUACUCGUGUGGUCACUUGUGUGAAGUUACUCGUGGGACAUCACACGUGAGGUCACUCGUGAAACGUCACUUGUGAGGUCACUCAUGGGCCGUCACUUAAGGUCACUCGUGGGACGUUACUAAAGAUCACUUGUGGGACGUCACUUAGGGUCACUCGUGUGAGGUCACUUGUGUGAGGUCACUUGUGUGAUGCCGUGACUGAUGGGGUCAGUCUUGUGGUCCUCACACUGCUACUCAUCAUGGAGUCUAAGAGAGAGACUUACUAUUUUCAUGUUGAUAAUGUCACAGUUCAUGACUUGUAUGACUGGGCUCAUGGAAGCCAGGACUCAGUUGAGGUGGUUGUCUCACACAAAAUGGGCAGUUGGCAGAACAGCGUAUCAAAAUCACCAAGACGCAGAGCAACCCUUAGAACUGGCUGUCUGGUGAAAGUAAAUGAACAAGAAGUGGCACUUUUCCGUUUUGGUAAUGUUGUUUAUGCCAUAUCUGAACACUGCCCCCAUUCAGGGGGACCCCUACACAUAGGAGACAUAGAGAGCCUUCCUGACCAGUCACUUUGUGUCAGGUGUCCAUAUCAUGGUUGGAAAUUUAACCUCGUGACAGGUAGAUGUCACCAUCCAAAGACACGACAAGAUUUAUCUGCCAUGGUUUUUCCAGUAAAAGUCAACCCACAAAAUGGGGAAUUGGAUAUUGGAUUUAGUGAGUUUAAUCCAUUCUAUUUCACCACACCUCUAGCUUGAAACUUUUGUUAAGAAUUGUUAUAUUUCAGAGAGCAUAUUUUUAUUUAUAUAUGUGUAUAUAUAUAUACAAUUUUUUUUCUUAUGUAUAUGAUUUGAAAUAAAUUUUGAGAUUUUCA